ACACAAGACACAAGUCUUUAUCCCUUUAUCUGCACAUCAAUUUUUUGUCAAUAUCUCCGACGAUGAAGAAAUCCUCCGCCGUCGCAACACCACCGUUUCUCUCCCUCUUUCUCCUCCUCCUCCUGCCGUUGCUAGCUCAACCCUCCGACGACCUAAUCGACAAAAUAUGCAAAGCGACGCCGUUCUGCGACCUCUGUGAAGCUUCUCUCCGUCCUCUCACUCCCUCACCUUCCGAUCCCAAAUCCUUAGCCUCGGCGAUGGCCACCGUCGUGCUCGGAAACAUGACUGAUACCUUAGGAUACAUCAAAUCGCUGAUCAGACUUUCACACGAUCCGGCGGCGGAGCGAGCGCUGGCUCAGUGCGCGGAGCUUUACCGGCCGGUGGUCAAGUUCAACAUUCCUCAGGCGAUCGAAGCAAUGCGGCGAGGGGAGUUUGGAUUCGCGGCGUAUGUGCUCGGAGACGCUGAGAAACAGACUGAUUCUUGCCAGAAAGGGAUCAAUAAUUCCGGCGCCGACGAUGAUAGCUCGCUGGCUCUUACAGCGAGAAACAAGGCUGUUAGGAAUCUUUGUGACGUGGCGAUUUCUGUUAUUAAGUCUCUAAUGAAUGGUCGUUAAGAAUCUUUGUUUCUUUUGAAAAACUAUAUAAAUAUAUACAUUUAUUUGUAAUUA